GAGACGCGGGAAUUGACUUUGGUGCCUCAAAAGCCGCAAAUCCUACACACAAAAUUAAGACAAGAAAGAAAUAAUUACUACUAUUACCUUCUCUUCUCUUGCAAUUACAAAUUAUAUUAUGGGAGGAGAAAGAAAGAAAAUGGAGAUCGAUCUUUCUUUCAAAAUCGCUGUCCAAAAAGAACAAGAAGCAAACCAAGAGACUCAAGAUGAGGAAGAUGAUGACCCAGAAGAGAAACCAGAUGUAAAACAAUCCCAAGAUGAUGAAGAAGAUGCGGCCAUGGCACCUGCCCCAGGAGAAAUGAAAGAUGCUGCGGAAUUGUCCUUACAAGAUAACAUGAAGGCAGAAGAGCUAUCUGUGCUGCAAAUGGAGAUAAAUCGCAUGAAGGAAGAAAACAAGGCGCUGAGGAGGGUAGUGGAGCAAACCAUGAAGAAUUUUCAUGAUCUCCAGAUGAAACUUGCUGUUAUCCAGCAAAAUAAUUACCAGAAAAAGGAUAUUCCUCAAGGCUUUCUCUCACUAAGUACUGAUGGAAAUGCAAUUCAAGAACAAGCAAGAAAAUCCUUCGUCGGAAAAACAUCACCGGUAUCAACAGAUCAUGACGUUGAUAAAGAGAAUGAGCUAGGGUUGUCCCUCGGGCUCUCGGAUUCUGGAUCAGACCAGAAAGAAAGGAAGGAAGAGCAGAAGGAGGAGAUCACAAAUCUCAUGGCGGUUCAGAGAAAUCAUCAGCAGAGUUUGUCUGGGAUCACAAGCCAUGUUGCUAUCCCUCCCAAUAGAAAAACUAGGGUUUCUGUUAGAACAAGAUGCCAAGCUGCAACAUUGAAUGAUGGCUGCCAAUGGAGAAAAUAUGGUCAGAAAAUUGCCAAAGGAAAUCCUUGUCCUCGAGCCUAUUACCGUUGCACCGUGGCGCCGGGGUGCCCGGUUAGGAAACAGGUCCAAAGAUGCUUGGAGGACAUGUCAAUUCUCAUCACAACCUAUGAAGGGACUCAUAAUCAUCCUCUUCCGGUGGGAGCCACGGCCCUGGCUUCCACAGCCUCGGCUGCAGAGGCUUCCUUUAUGCUACUAGACUCAAGCAACCCUCACUCAGAUGGAAUCUCAACCUUCACUCAAGCGUCUCUCCCCUACCAAAACAAUGCUUUCAUGCUGAACUCAGCCUCUCCUCAUCCAUCCAACAUCAGGACCAUAAACCCCAAUUAUGACCCUUGUAAAGGCAUUGUUCUUGAUCUCACAACCUCCGGUACCUCCUCACAGAAUUCCGGCCCCCAACCAGGUUUCCUAUUGGAAAAACUAAACUAUCCAAAUAUUUUUAAUACCCCAAGAGGAGGGCAGGAAUCUUUAGCUGAGAAUGUUGGUGCAAUGGCUUCAGAUCCAAAAUUUAGGGUUGCGGUAGCGGCGGCCAUUACAUCAUUGAUGAAUAAAGAAAGCCAAACAGGUCUUAGUAUUGGACCUUGUUUGGUUGGUAGGGAUAAUGGGGAGAGUGGUAGCUCAGGUCCCAACAACUGAUUGCUUGAAUCACUUUCUGGAAAUGGAAAUGGUAAGCCUAACAUUCAGCAUUCACCUUAGAAGAAUCUAAUAGAUAAGUCAAAAACCUUUUUCCUUUUUUUUUUUUGAGGCACAGAUUAAAAGCUAUACGCAGCCCAUACACAUGUAAUUGACCAUAUUUUUAUUGUCUUUUUCUAGAUUUAAGAACAUCAAGUUUAUGGUUGAGAAAGAAAAACGACUUCAUAGUCAAUAAAACCUGCAUGUUUUA